AUAGUCGUCAUUUGUUAUUUUUUGACAGUCCAAAAUGAUUUCCGCCAUAUUGCGAAGCAAGCACUCUCGUCAAAUUGACGUCACGUGACUUAGACGAGACGUAAUAAAAUUUGCCGGGAAAGAGAAAUGACAACAAAAGAAGAAAAAGCUACAAAUCCUAAUUUACCAUGGGUUGAAAAAUAUAGACCAAAACAGUUAGAUGACCUAAUAUCACAUAAAGAUAUAAUAUCAACAAUUGGCAAAUUUGUUAAAGAAGAACGAUUACCACAUCUGUUGUUCUAUGGACCACCAGGAACAGGGAAGACAAGUACUAUAUUGGCUGUAGCUAAACAGAUCUACUCACCUAAAGAAUUUAAUUCUAUGGUGCUUGAGUUGAAUGCCUCAGAUGACCGAGGGAUAGGAAUAGUUAGAGGACAAAUACUUAGUUUUGCAAGUACAAGAACAAUAUUCAAAUCUGGCUUUAAGAUUGUUAUACUAGAUGAGGCAGAUGCUAUGACCAGAGAUGCACAGAAUGCCUUGAGAAGAGUGAUAGAGAAGUUCACAGAGAAUACCAGAUUCUGUAUAAUAUGCAAUUAUUUAUCAAAGAUCAUACCAGCAUUACAGUCAAGGUGUACCAGAUUUAGAUUUGGACCAUUAGGUACAGAUCAAAUGGUCCCUAGACUUCAACAUGUCGUUACAGAGGAGGGGGUAACAAUAACAGAUGAUGGUAUGAAGGCUUUAGUCACACUGGCAGAAGGUGAUAUGAGAAAAGCACUUAAUAUUAUGCAGAGUACACAUAUGGCUUAUGAGGAAGUAAAUGAAAACAAUGUAUAUACGUGUGUUGGACAUCCGUUACGGAGAGAUAUUGAAAAUAUAGUCAACUGGGUCUUAAACGAAAACUUUACCACUGCUUAUAGGAAUAUAUCAGAUUUAAAGACAAAAAAAGGAUUAGCAUUACAAGACAUUCUCACUGAAAUACAUAAUUAUGUUCAUAGAAUUGAUUUACCAAUCCAUGUUAAGAUCCAUUUAUUAGAGAAAAUGGCAGAUGUUGAAUACAGAUUGGCAUCAGGAACAAGUGAGAAGAUGCAACUUAGUUCAUUGAUAUCUGCAUUCCAGGCUGCAAGAGACUUAAUAGUGGCAGAAGCAUAAACAUUACUAAAUAAAAGUUAUAAUUUAUAAUAA